AUUUAAUUUGGAAACUGGUAAUGAUAUAAACGAGGCAGCUAAAAAUUUGGCUGGAACUACAAUAGCAAAUAUAGAACCAGAUUGUGAUGAUAAUAUUAGUGAAAAUAAAAGACCAAAAAUUAAUAUCAAAACAAUUAAAGGGAUUUCAAAGCUGUUCUUUUGGAAUUGGCCUGUGGAGGGUAGACAUAGUAGAUAUAUUCGUGCACGACCAUUACCACAUAUUGGAGAAUGGAAUAAUUUUACAUCUGCAUAUGUGA